UGGAGUGAUAAGCUUGCCAUAAGUUUUUAUUUUUCCCUUAAUCCAUACAAGGAUAUGCACCCGAACGUAUUGGGUGUAAAAAUUGGAAAAUAUUCGGAAUAAUCCUUGUGUAUUACUAAGAACCGCCUUUCAUCCCCUAGCAAGAUAUAACUUGCCAAAUUUCCUGCAAAAUUAUUCAAGUUCUUCAGUACUGAAAGCCUUCCCUAUAGAAAUAUAGAAUAUGGUUGAAACCACUAUAGAAUACCCUCAACUUUCCCAUAAAAUUGAUAUUCAAUCGGCCGCAAGAAAUAUUACCGCACCCGUACCCGAUGUGGAACUCUCCAACAAGAACAAUUUGAAGGAUAUCUAUGAUAUCUACACACGGGUCAUUCGCUUCAACCUCGGGCUACAUAUGUCGUCAUUAGCGUCCAAUUUCACCGGCGCAGUUCUUUCCGGAACCUCAGGUAUUGACCAAUUUGUGGAAUUUCUUCAUCACACUCCCGAUGAAGUUGAGAAGGUAGUUUAUGAAAUCAGACACAAUGACUGGAUCCGUAGUAUUCCCAAUUUACGCCCUCGUUUGAUAAAACUUGUAAAGACAAGCUAUGAGAGUCCAUUGAUUCUCUCUUUGCUUCAAUCUAACGAUUGGUUGGAUGAAAGUCGCAUGGAUGACGAUUUUAGGUGGGCAUUGUCACAUAAAAUUCUGCAAGAGUUUUCAUGCAAGAUUGACGAAUAUGAUGUCAAGGUAUGCGUUUUUUCGUUAGCCUUGAAUCUUUGGAUUAAUGAAUUGGAAUUCCAAUUGCCUCUUUAAUGCGCUGGCCGCAAUAUUACCCUUUGCUAAAUGAAUAUUAUGAUAAUGCGUAAAGAAUAGAGUCUAUGGUAUAGUUAAAUAGGUAUAAGUAAAAAUUGGCCUAUUCAGGGAUACU